UGUGUAUACUAAAAUCUGUUAUUUGUUGGCAGCGCAUUAAUUCAAACUGCUUUCUGAGGUGUUUUCGAUGUUCAGAUUGGGGCAUGCUGCGGGAUAUAAUAUAUAAGGGAAAGGAAUUAGCUGACAAAGUGUAGGUUCUGGUAAUUCAAAAUUACUUUAGAAGAACGAAUAUAAUGAUGAAUUACACGGAGGCGGAAAUGAAGGUUCGAGAAGCAACUAAUGAUGAUAUGUGUUGUCCAAGUGGUCGUCUUUUACAAAAGUUGGCAGAUUAUACUUAUACCUAUGAAACAUGCUUGGAAGUCAUGUCAACUUUAUGGAAAAGAAUGCAUCCUGAAGAUAGGCUGAGUUGGGGGAGGGUUUAUAAGGCAUGUAUAUUUAAAAAGGGAGCUUCAUUCAUCACUAUGUCUUUUAAAUGUGUUCAAGGUGUCUCUCGUGUGCAAAUAAUUUCGUAGGCAAUAUAACUCAUUAAUCUUGAUACGGUGUCUGCAAAGUUUGUCACAUUUUAGCCAUAUAAAUUAUAGAAAUCUACUGAAACUGUAGAGCCAAACAGUAAAUAGUCAAGCCUAAACGCAACAAAAUAUGUUGAUAAUAGAAAUCCUGAAGCUGAUUUCACUUUUAUAACACUUCAUAUGUCAUUUGACCUUACCUUACUUAAUUUUGGCCUUGCUAAAUUAUGACCUGGGUUGUCGACUUGUCUUAUCAGUGAGCGACAAUAUUUCAUGUCGUCAGAUUAUGGUGACCUUGUGUCUGAUGUAGCCACAACAUCAUAUGUACGCAGGAUAAGUUAAUUAGUCACUUUACGUGUGUAACCGACUCGAUCUCGAUUUUUGAAUUUCCAGGGAACAAUUUGAUGACCAGUUCUAGAUAAACGGAACAAUAAUAAUUGACACCAUGAUUGAUGGAUAGACGGUAACCCAACUUAAGGCCAUAUCAACCCACAACAAGCAUUUUGGUAGAAUUAGUGUCUCACCCUUUCUUUAUAUGCAAAGCAGUUACGCCAUUUCAACAUUUGGGUUUAUGCCCCUUGAACCUGUUUUGGCACAUUUACCUCAUAUUCAAGACCUAAACUCUGUGUUCAAAUCUCACAAUCCAGGUCUGCCUGAUGUAUGUUAACUACCAGGUGCUGGACUAUCUUGUGUAGAUUCCAAAAGUUAACGAAGAGACCUUGAGUUUUCAAAGCUUCGGUAGAUUUCGCCUUGGAUUUAUCUGUAAUUUCGAGUCUUUGGUUGUCCUUACCUUUCUUUUGAAAAAUGGUUCUGAUUAUGUGUUACAAAGUGCUCAAGAUCAUAUAUACGACAUUCGUACACUCGAAUCUUUUCGGUAUUUUGAUGAGAAUGGAAAGGAUCAAGGAAUGAAUGUUCGCAUCAGAGUUCAAGAAGUAAUCGACCUUAUACAAGACUCAGAAAAGUUACAGCAAGAACGUCAAAAGGCCAGGGCUAGUCGACACAUUUACACAGGUUAUGGAAAUACCAAUGAUUUAGAUUGGGGUUAUUCUUCAUAUAAGAAUGGUGGAGAUUACGGUCAAAGAUCUGAUUCACUUGAUGACUAUGAUAAAGAAACUUACGCAUCCAAAAACUUUACAUUUCAAUCGCGUGCCAAACCUAGAGUGACAAUAUCCGAACAUAAAUCAGACCUACCCCCGCCUAGGUUGGGUAAUUUUGAUGAUUGGCAUGUGGGUAAAGAACGUGGUGUAAUGGACGAUGUUUUAGAGCAGUUCAAAGAAGCGUGGGAUUUGGCCAAAGAAUCUACUAAGGAUUUAAUUUUCUCCAAAAAUCCUCAAGAUAAUAGAUCAAAUGAGUUCAAUCCACGUAUGGUUUCUGAAGAAGUUUACGAGUUCCCAUCAAAUGCUGUUGAAUCCAGUGGAACAUAUGAAGCGAAAACCCAGUCAUCCUAUGGGGAUUAUUAUGCACAGAAUGAAUUUUCAUCGAAAAAAAUUUCAAGAUCCAGUAAAUGUAAUAGUGUUGAUAGUCGUGUUAAUAAUAAUAAUAAUAACGGCGACACACAUACAUCACAAUCUAAUGAAAAAUCUCUGGGCCAAGUUAUUGUGACACCUAGAAAUCAAAGUACUGAAAAGAAAGACAACAUAAAGCCAAGACCACCAUCCUGUGAUUUGUUAGAUUCAUUUGAUAGUGGUAAUAGUAUCAUUAAAUCAGAUCAAAUGAUAGAUCUGUUUGAUGCAAUAUGCAGUUCACCAACAUCAACUACAACUGAUGUACACUCUCAGCGGCAACAGCCAGCGCAAAUGGGAUUCGAAAUUAAUUGGCCUAGGAAUGUAUUAACACCAUCAGGCGUAUCUUUAAAUACCAAUUCAAUUCAAAAUCAUGCUACUGCACCAUGUCAAAACCCUGAUAAUUGGUUAGAUAAUGAGUUUGGUGAUUUCACUUCAGCACCAUCUGUACAGUUUCCUGCGAAUACUGGUCCAACAGAUUCAUCCCUCGAUGGUAUCUUUUUUUCCAACUUUUCAAAUACUGAGGCUUAUUCAUCCAAUCAAAAUUCUCAUCAAAACAAGCAAACUGAGGAAUUCAAACAACACGUGGUUCAAUCCAAUCCAAUUUCACCAUCCAAAUCUAAACCGCUAAACAUUGGCAAUACAUGGAAAGAGUUAGGAUCAUUAAGUAUUGAUUUAGAUUCAUUAGCGAAACCGGAAAAAUACGGUGCGCGAACACAAGCACCGAGUCUACAUCAAUUAAAACAAAAUCAACAGCGUGUUCAAUAAUGGAUGGUUUUAGAUGUGUACCGUUUUCCUUGCUGAUUGUUUAAAAAGAAAAAUAAUAGAUAUAAAUAACUGAUAGAAAAUCAUUUAACCACGUUUUGGAAACGAGAUUAUUUUUUAUCCUAAUACUUACGUCUGCGAUGACCAAUGGUAUUGAUGUGGAUAAUGAUGAUAUUUCAUAAAUGUAUUUCAGCUCAAUAAAUUGCUCUGCUCUUUCCUUAUUUCGUUGGUUUUUAUUCCACAUACAUUGUUCUUAUUAAUUGACUUAUCUUGGAAUGAAAUAGAAUCUAGUUCACUUAAUUCCGUUAUUUAUUUAUGUGGUUUCAUAAAUUGUGUUUGUUUUAUGUAUAAUUGUGUGUCUGUAUCUAUAUGUAUGAGUGAUGAUCUUGAAUGUACUUGUACGUCAUAUUUGUCUACUUUUCUGUAUGUACAGGGAUUUCUUUUUCUAAGAAAAUAAAUAUUUGUCUUUCAAAUAGUAUUUUCUCAUCAGAACUUAUUUACACUUGAAAAUUCUAAUUCCAUUUAAUGUAAUUGAUUAUUUAAACAGUAAUUACAUUUUACCCCAUUUUAUUUUUACCGUUAUCAUUAUUUCUUAAUUUUUAGUUCAAGCUUCUGUGAUUAUGCAACAGUGAAUGCUAAACGUUUAUUCUUUGUUAAUCUAUUUUCGAAUGUUGCAUAUGAAUACAUGUAUUCGUGAAUAUAUUUAUAGGAAAACGGUUAAAAAAUAAUUUAGUCAUAGGAUAAAUAUUUAAAUACAAUAAUGUGCCUUAUUUAAUUUACUUGUUUACUUGACUUGUCUUCGACUUAUUUUCAACAUAUCUAACUUACGUUUAUAUUCAAUUAUGAUUUGAUUGAUACUUAUCUAUCAUUACUUGUUGUUUUGUUAUAAAAACGACAUUGUCUAUGUUAUGCUGUGAUUAAUUUGUAUAAUUCGUUUACAUACAGCCACACACACAUAAUGGGUUAUCAAAAUGUUUAUUGUUUUUGCUAUAUUAGUUUGUUUUAACUGAUCCUUUGUAAAAGUAAAAGAAAUAAAUAUUAUUUAGUAA